AUGACUUCACUUAGGAACUUUCUUGCGCUUUUCGCGCUAGUGCUACCAGUUGGCAUCUAUGCUCGCGACUGCACCACCACUGCCAACGCCGUACUCUCAAGCCCCUCCGACCUCAUCCCUUACAAUGGCUGCACAACCAUUACCGGCUCCGUCGCAAUCUCCCCCUCCUUCUCCGGCACAUUCGCGCUGAAAGGCGUAACACGUAUCAACGGGUCCAUUACCAUGGACACUAACACGGGGGCUAGCGAUCUCGUCGCAAUCGAGAUGCCCGGUCUCGUCGAGAUCACGAGCAUCACCCUGCCCCAGACCCGGGGCUUGCAAAGGGUGGAUUUACGAUCCCUGCAGACCGUCCGCGAUGAGUUGGUCUUUAUCCAGGAGGCCUACGAGGAGAGCUGGUUUGAUUUGGCCAAGUUGGAGAGUGUUGGGGGUUCUUUGGAGAUGGCGGGGUUGUGGACGAAGUACGACUGA